AUGGAGAAUCCUGUUGAGAGAGCAGUCAAUGAGGCAACUGCUGAUACACUCUAAAUGCCUGAUUAGAAACUAAUGAAAUAGGUAGCUGAUCUUGUCAACUAAAGAGCUGACUAGUAAGAUUCUAAUUCAAACCAUAGAUCAAAAUUUGCAGUCUAGGCAAUAGGCAAGAGACUCAUGCAGCUUCGUAAUGGCAAGGUUUAAGCCCUCUCAAUGGAGCUCAUUGAAUAUCUUGCAUUUACUUGCGAAACACCAUUCUAUACUUAGAUUGCUACCAAUGACUUUCUAUAAAGACUCAACACCCUCCUUAACCCUCAAAUGAAUGCCCAAGUAAUUCACUCAUUUACUCCAAAUAGAUGCAAUAAAGAUUACUCUAAGUGAUCGCAGUACUCAAGUCACUUAUGCAAUCACACCAGGAUCUAUUUCCUGCUUUCUUCCAAUUCUUGCAAAAGAUCGCUUCUAAACGUAACUGUCUUCUAGCAUCUGCUUUUUAGAUCAAAUACCCCAAAAUUAUGAAAGCAAAUAUGCAGUACUCCGAAAGUCACAACCAGUAUACUCUUCAGGAGCUAGAACAAACAGCAUAGGAUCUGUAAAAAUUCUGUAUUAACAUACCAAGGGCAGCUCCAAAAAUGAUAAACUCAGACGUGACUUAGAGAUAGUCAAAUCCAACAUUACAUUGACUAAUGUAAAUGAAAUAUUUAAUUAUUAGGAAAUAAUUGACAAUGCAAAUCCUUAGGAAGAUGCAAGUAAAAAUGAAAUCCUCAAAGAUAUGACUACCACAUUAAGAGGAGUUGAAGAAAAGUUAAGAAAGUACUGUAUUUUCGUUUUAACUAGUUUAAUUACUGAUAUGGGAAAUAAUGAUGAGGGGUUGAUGAACUUUUGCUUAGAAUUGAAUGAUGAUUUACUUAAAGUAAUCUUGUUUAUAAAUUAUUAUUAGACUUUUACUCGAUAUGAAAUAUUGAAGAAGCAUAAGAAACCUGAUCCUUUUAGACCUGAAUAGUAAUAAUAAUAAUAAUAAUAACAAUUGCCAUAAUAACCACCAACAUAACCAUAAAAUAUUUAGUAAGGUCCAUUCUAAUAAUAAUAAAAUCCCUUUAGCAUUCCUCCCCCCAUAUAAUAAUAAACUUAGCCAUAACAAAUUCAACAACCUCCAUAACCAAAACCUCAAUAAAUUGAUUUAUUAAAUUUAUUUGAAUAUGAUGAACCAAAACCAGUAGCACCAUAAAAAGGGCCAUAACCAACAUAAGUAGUAUAAGCUGAAAAAUAAUAAAAUAUGUAAAAUUUGUUGUUUAUAGUUUCUAAAGAAUUGAUUUAUUUGAAGUAGAUAUGUCAAAUCCUUAGCCAUAAUAAUAAUAAUAAUAAGUUCCAUAAUAAUAUUAAUAAUAAUAAUCAUAAAUACCACCAAUUUAAUAAAUACCACCUAUUUCUUAAAUUCCUCCACUGUCAUAAAUACCUCCUGUAUAGUAAUUUGUCUAACCACCAAUGCAGUCCUAAAAUUUUGGAUAAGCCCCUAUUUCAUAAAUACCAUAAUAAUCAAAUUAUUCAGUAUUAAAUGCAUUCCCUCCUUAAUAAUAAUUUCCUCCCUAAUAAUAAUAAUAAUAAUAUCCUCCUUAGUAGUAAUAUCCCCAAUAAUAAAAUGUAUUAAUUUUAUUCUAUUGAAAGUUACAAUAAUUUUAUCAACAAUAAUAGUUUAACUAAUAAUAAAUGAAGUAUUAAGCAUUCUAAUAGUAACCAAAUUAACCUAUCCCAUACUAAUAAACUCAACCUUUUCAAUAAUAAGGAUUCCCUUAACAACAAUAUCCAGUGAUAAGCAGUAAGAUAAAUUGAUAUAUAUUUAGACAUAUCUAAUUAAUAGAAGAAACCAGAAAAUGAAUUUGACAAUAUACUUAAUUUGGCAGUAGGUUAAAAACCAUAACCUUAGUAAUAAACAUAGUAAUAAUAAUAAAAGUUAGACUUUAUUUGA